AUGGGCCAAAAACUCUCACGGUGGUUUUUAACGCCACAUCCACUUCCAACCGUACAAGAGCUUUGCGAGAGCUUCAAAUCUCCUUGUGAGUUAGCGCUGCCUGAUCGUGACGAGGUGCUGAUAUAUCUCGAUUUGAAAGCACAUGUCCGUCAGGAACUGUUUGCACGACUCUAUUCCAACAGAAGCCCGGAAUCGAUUGUGGACAACGGAGACCAGUAUAUCAGCGAAGAAUGGCUGACCAAGCGCCUUUCACACCUUUACCCUGGCUUCGACAAUACAGUCGCCGCCGCGACGCCCGUCUUAUACAAGAUCAUUCUCCACCACAGCACAUACCCCUUCAAGCCACUACCCAAUGCCACGCUUACACCAGUUAAAACCGCUAUUGCUGUGGCCCUUCUAUCUGCAAAUGAUAGCACGAUUAGCAUUACACGUCGGGUAGAUACGCACGCAUUCUGUACCAGUCGUCGUAACUGGAACGACCGCAUCCGUCUCCUGUUUCAAAGCUUAUGUGAUACCGACUGGUCUGAGCCAUCAAGUAAAGAGUGUAGAGAAAAGGAGGAUGACGAAGAUUUGGUUGCGGUGAUAUUGAGCCUUCUAAGGUGGCAGUCGUGGGUAUGGCACAAAUAUAGGGACGAAGAGCGCCUUCUCCAGGUUGCGAGCACGCUGCCUAGCUCGCAUUCGCGAAGUUUGGAUGGAAGCGUUUCUCUGGCUGAUAUUAGAGUUUUAUUGGCACUGAUAGUCGCUGCCAGCGUGGGAGAACGGCCAAAAGAACCGGCCGACAUGCAAGUGGCAGUUGAGAGUAGAGCUCUCGCCCUGUCAAGUUGCUUCCCAGAUCAAGAUGGCCGUAUCAGCUGGGAGGGAUUCCAGCAAACAAUAGCGGACUGCAUGCCACUUUUGCUGGCGGAGCUGACCGCCCUCAUGUCAAAUCUGUUUCGUGUGGAGAAUCGCGAGGACUCUUUUGGUUAUUUAAUUAAAUACUCGUGGAGAGUACCACCUGCGAUUGGCGGAACAGAAUCCCAAUCUAAGAUAUCUUCUCUCACAAUGCCAGAGCUCGCCCAGCUCGGACUGGUGAUACGUCGACAGGACUUAGAUGACCUGCGCCUGCUCAGGAAAGAUGAUCCUAAAUCACUCUCGAGCUCAGACAUCAGCAGAUUGUUCAAUGACUCCCCCAAGGACCAUACUCUCCUGCUCUGGUCACCCGAUGAGCGGUAUUUCCUUUCGGAGAAUCGGCUUUCCACUGUAGGGAUGGACACGGACUGUAUCGUGCAGUUGCUACCGACGCAUCGCGUGCUGAGAAGUACCUCCGAACUUGCGCAGGUGAAGACUAGUGCAGUAGAACCAGACGAUCUGCUGAUUGAUCUCGGACGCAUUAAGAUGCGGUUUGCCAAAGGCCUCGAAACAGGAAUGCUAGACUCAGGAUCGGAAAUCAAGUCCCGUCGUUGGUUGCCUCCGAGAAAACUUCCCCGGUCCGAUCGGCGCUUCAAUGCUUUGGAGCUACCUCCGUCCUGCCCGCAGUUUGUAUCUUCGGUUCCAUCGCUCCUGAGUGAGUACUUAGCAGACGGUGCUCUCAUCUACAAUGGAAAGGAUAAUCACACCUCGGGGCUUGUUGGAGCGGCGACCUCGGAAGACUGUCUUUAUCUAGGCAUAUGGACUCCUGCGAAUGUGACAUCCAAGUCUAAGUUGCCGGUCUUAUUUUUCAUGAGCGGAGGCGGGUUCCAAGGUGGGGGUGUCCAUAUUCCAUACCAACUGCCCAUGGAGUGGGUUGAGCGUUCACAAUCGCACAUCGUUGUCACGAUCAAUUACCGUACCAACAUCUUCGGUUUCCCCAACGCAGCGGGACUCUCGGAACAGAAUCUUGGGGUCCUGGACCAGAGGAUGGCGCUAGAAUGGGUGCGCGACAACAUCGCAGCAUUCGGCGGUGACCCAACGGCCAUCACGCAAUGGGGUCAGUCCGCCGGCGCGAUGUCUGCUGACGCACACGCAUAUGCCUUCUACAAAGACCCUAUUGCGAGAGCCUAUUUUCUGCAAUCUGGCACAUCAUUCAGCGGGGGCGGAGUCCUCGACAACACUUUCUCCAAUUUCACCUUCGUCGCCCAGCAUGUGGGCUGCAAUUUCACCACGUCGAAGUCUCCACAGGCACGAACGCAAGAGCUGGAUUGCAUGCGGAAAGUACCAUUCGAGCGCAUCUCCAACUUCGUCGGGCAAUAUGGCGACAGUGGCGCUGCACCGGCACUGUCAUUCCUGCCAGUGGUGGACGAACGCAUCAUCUUCUCCGACUACGAAGCACGGGGGAAGUCAGGCAAGAUUGCACGCCUCCCGGCGAUAUUGUCCAACACGGCCAACGAAGCCUCGUCGCUUGUCCCAUUUUCGCCUGCUGGAUUCCCCCAAGACGUUAUUCUGGCAGUCGAGCUAGCACAGUUCGUCUGCCCGACGUACAAGUCCACAGUCCAACGAAAUCAACUCUCCGUUCCGGUCUACCGAUACCAAUUUGCGGGUAGAUUCCCCAACCUCAAUCCUCUAGAGUGGACCGGGGCCUAUCACGGAAUCGACAUUCCAAUGAUUUUUGGAACGUACGACUUGGUGAAGGGACUGGGGGAUGUACCCGAGCUCGAGAGAGAGACCAGCCGCGCAAUCCAGGACCAUGUUCUUGCCUUCGCCAAGGAUCCUUAUAACGGUCCGCAAAAGCUCAACUGGCAGCCGCUCGACACGCAGGCUCCUCAGGGUGGCCAACUCAUUCGCUUUGGGGCUGGGGGUAAGGCCGUGCAGUACGUCGAUGGCGUCAAAGUGGACGGUGUAUGCCAGGGAAUCGGGGAGUAUGACGCAUUCCCGUAG